UUGACGUGAAGAAGACGAAGGAAACGUAGAGAUCAGGUGCGGCUUUGGUUUGGCGGUGGGACGCGAUUCAUACUGCCUUGGAGUGGCUCUGAUUUAUUUUUUUCUAGCUGAUAAAUUUAAUAUUUAGGGACGACAGUCACCAAAGAUUCAGGCUCGAUGACAGCUGCAGCGUUCCCGUCUCCCACGGUGGAAAUGGCAGAGAUGAACCGGCUGCACUACGAGAUGGAGUACACUGAGGGUAUCAACCAGCGCAUGCGCAUCCCAGACAGACUCAAAGUGGCCCCAUCAACCCUAGAACACCAGGAGGGGGCGCUCCAGGAGGUCCCGCACAGCGCCAUGAUGCAGGUGCCUGAGAGGAUUGUGGUUGCAGGUGACGACGACGACGACAGCUCCCACUCCCGGCCCCGGGACCUCGACCUCAUCCAGGCCACACCCCUGGAGACGUUGGCCCUGAAGACUCCGCCCCGGGUCCUGACGCUCAGUGACCGUCCGCUCGACUUCAUGGAGAUGGAGCGGUCUUCAGCUCACCAGCAGGGGGCGGAGACACGUCCUCAAGGCAGGUCACGGCGGGAGAGGUCCUCCAGCGAGAAGGGGUCUGCUCACCAGAAUGGCAAGCUGUGCAGGAUUGGCUCCCUCAGUGUGACCCCGUCCCCUCAAGCCCCCCUCCGCAUCUGCCCCCCCCUCGUCACACCCGAGGACGGCCCCCGCCUGAACAGCGCCCGCGGGGUGCUGUCCUUCAUCCAGUCUGCUACGCGACGCGCUUUCCAGCAGCUCCUGGACGCGCUGGAUGAGAGCCGCCACCGCAGGACCGGCCACUCUACCGCUGACGCCAUCUCUGACGGUACCCCCGAUGACCUCGCCUUGGCCGACGCUACGUCGCUACGGCGACAGAUCAUCAAGCUGAACCGGAGGCUCCAGCUUCUGGAGGAGGAGAACAAGGAACGGGCAAAGCGAGAGAUGGUGAUCUACUCCAUCACCGUGGCGUUCUGGCUUGUCAACGGCUGGGUGUGGUUCCGUCGCUAGUGACUCUCGCAAGGGGCUCCGCGUGAUGAAGGGGUCCCUGACGUUCACACUCCUGAUUCAAAAAGACAAGGGCACUUUUACUUUUGAGUACAUUCUUGUAAAUCUCUUCUUUUUUUGUUUCACGUGUUCUGAAUGUUUUUAGAAACAUUAUUUGAGUAAAGCUUUUCGGAAUUGUAAAUAUUAUUUUCUGUACAGGAGAUGUGGAUUCUGCUAUUAUUAUCUGUGUUUGACAGCAUAUUGGAGAAAAGCGGUAUUUAUGAAGAACUAGUUUGUGUGUAAAUAUAAUGACAUGAGUAGGUGAAUUAAAAGCUGCAGGACCUGGUGGCAUGGCGAUUGCAUUAGAGACCUUGAAACUUCAGCUGUGUUCUUGCGCUGUUAUGUGAUUUAUAAUGAGUCUGUAAUUAAAGUGUUUAUUUGGUUA